CUGUGUUUCUUGGAGACGUCUCUAAACUUGGUCUCAGAUGAAAUAACAUAAAGCACUCGGAUAGGAGAAUGAUGCGGAUGAAAAGUGGGAAAAGAGGACGAUGACGAAGAUGAUGAUUUAUUUGAAUUACUUCGAGGACACAAGCCAUGGAUUGUUGUUGUCGGUCUUCGCUGAAGACUGGCAGAUUUACAACCUUCCUUGUCCUCCUUAAAGGUAAAGCAUGUAUUUUUAUUCAGUGUUUCAGUGUGCUUGUACUGCUCAGCUUGACACAGCAACAUUUGCUCAACCAAUACCGUGAGUUUUGGGCAUGGCUAUGAAACGCAAAAAGGCUGGAGAGAUGAUGGGCUGGAAUGAUGAAGCGAUGAAGGGAGGGAGAGCGAGGUUCACAGGAUUGAGUCGAGGUUGAUUAAACGCUUUACGGUUCAUUUCAUGACCUCCCAAAUGCUCUGCGGUAAUGCUGCCAAACCCUGCUAGAACUCAUUCAGGACGCCUCUCACUGCUCUAAUUUUAAUGAUGCUCUUUAUGGCAUGUUCAGACGUGGAUAUUCAAGCUUGAGCAUUAGCAUUAGCAUCUAGCUAAAGCCUAAAUUCAUUACUUUUGGGUUUGUACAUUUAAAAAUAUGUGAGCUUCAAACUUUUCAUACUAAAAAAGUACUUCAUCCAGGCACUUUUGAGAUACAAUAAUCAUAGUAAUAUGAUGCAGGGCUUAUAGAACUAGUAAAACCAAAUAAAUUUAGACGUGAAUGGGUGAUUUCUGCUAGAGACAAACCUUUUUACCUGGAACAAUAAAAAACAUCACGCUCAUGGUUUUAUACAUGACAUGCGUAAACAUGCAUAAAACGGGCAUGGCGCUUCUGUGUACAGUGGCUUUCCUCUCCUCCCGUAACCUUUUUCUUUGUCACUCUCGAUCCUCUUUUCCCCUGGAGGAAAACACAAGGGGUGUUACAUUUGGUCUGUCUGGUUUAGUAAGUGUCUCUCUCUCCCGGCUGAGCUCUUGGCAUUCCUGCCCACAACAUCAAUGUCAUUAGUUCAAAGUCUUUCCUUUUUUUUCACCAGACAGUCUGUCCACCAUGGGCUGUACAAUCCUCUCUAUCGCUCAUAUCCCCUAUGCCCCAGUUAGCUUAGCUCUUCCACCAGCGUAAAUGUAAGCAAUCAGCUGCCGCACAGCUGCUUUUGCUCCAUGUCUUUUGGGUUGUGUGUAUAGAGUAAAAAAGCCACAUUUAAAAAAAUGAUUAGAGCCCCUUUUUAGCAUUAACUGAACAUAAUGGCAACUGAGUGAUGUACUGUUCCAUGGUAUUCUCUGAGUAAUGAGUACCAUGGUUUUACUAUCUGACACAAUCUUUGUAUCAUCGUCUGCAACAAUAGUCUUUUGUAAGAGGGGGUCUGACUUUCCAUUGAACCCUCUGUUUUUACAUGUAACUUCAUUACCAAACAUCUGAUUCAUCGACUCAUUAGAAUCGGAUGAUUAAAGUUCACGUUCACUGUUUUUGGAGCGUUUGUUUACAGAAUGGCUGGAUGAGACUCAGUGAGACAGAGAAGGAGAGAGGUGGUGUUUUAAAGCUUUCUUAUAAACAGAAAGUAAUGGGUGGUCUGUUUUUGUGCAGUUAGCUGUGGUCCACUCAUGCCGUUCCAGGAGCUCCCCUCAUUUGCUCCCAAAUGCAGUGGUGUUUAAAAGUUAAGCACUGUUGACCUCUGCUGGUCACUAAGUGGACUGCAUAUACUGCAUCAAUGCCAGCAUGACCCCUGGUGGCACUGCCUAUACAACUGCUCAUAUGAGAAUUAAAUAAGAGCAGAACUUAUGUUACGGCAUCAGCCAGCAUGAUAAGAAAGUAAAAGUGGUGCUACAAAAUGUCCUGGAUGAUUGAUAGAUAGAUGGACGGACAGACAGACAGACAUAGAUAGAUAGAUAGAUAGAUAGAUAGAUAGAAGGAAAUGACUGGUUGCAAAUGAAUUGACCAUCCUGUAAUCCAGUGAAUCCAGGCAGAGGAUUAGAGUCUCAUCUGUGUCUCGCUCAUUCUCUCUCAUCUCCUGCUGUGUUUUUACCGUAAGAUGAAGAGUCUUGAGUGUGUCAUAAUCCCAGCAAACAGCACAAAUCACUCAUGUGAGUGAAGAAUGACUGUCAUACGCACUGCACUGCAUCCUGAUGUCAGAAUAUCAUCUUCAGCUGUCAGACUCUUUUUAGGUCAGAGCUGUAGUUUAUAUCAGAGGUCCUGGAUGAAACUCAACCCUCCUUCCGCAGAUACCUGCACAGAUACAUGAUCUAAGGGGUUCAGGUGAACAGCGGCGGCCCACCUGCUCUCACCUACUGAAGGAAUGGGGAGAACAAAUUAGGUCAAUCCAAUCAAGACCGGAUCUAUAACAUAAGCUGCCCCUGUACAAUAGCGCUUCCCUCCUGGCUGCAAACACACAAGGUCUGCUGUACAGACAUAUACACACACUCCCCACCUGCGGCUGCUCCUCUGAUGACAGACAACAAACUCAGAACCUCCAGGAUGCAUCUGUUGUUUGUGCUUCCCUUGGUGCUCGAUGUUCAGUCCAUCUCCAUGAUCCAUAACUCCACCUAUGACUGCACCUGCGACCUGGUGCUCAAAAUCGCCAACUGCACCAGCAGCAAUUUCACCCACCUGCCUGCUGCCCUUCCACCCCUCACCGAACAGCUGGACCUGUCCCUCAACCAUCUGAGUGCCAUCCAGCCCCGAGCCUUCCACGGCACACGAAGACUUCGUGUUCUGCUGCUGAGCGACAACGUGAUCGGUGCGCUAGCCGACGGGGCAUUCUCUCUUCUAGAAGGACUGUUGAGGUUGGACCUGAGCCGAAACCGAAUCUCAUUCCUGAGUGAAGGAUUUUCACAGGGUCUCGGUUCCCUUCGAGAUCUGUCACUGGCUGAGAACCGAUUGACCAGCUUGGACAGCAGUUGUUUCGUCCACUUUGACGCCCUCCAAAGACUCAACUUCAGCCAUAAUACUAUCGAGACCAUCAAGAUGAGGGCGUUUGGGUCCAUGAGUACCCUACGCCAGCUACACCUCAACUCAAACAAUUUAACUCUUCUCAGAAAUGGUAUCUUCUCUAUGCUACGAAACCUCGAAGUAUUGAAUUUACACCACAACCAGAUACACUACUUGGACGUCGGCGUGCUUUCGCCACUGACCGGUCUCGCUGUACUGGACCUCACCAACAACAACCUCUCCACCAUUCAGUUCAAGACCUUCCUGAGUCUCAACACGUACAGCACUCACAUAAUGCUCCAAGGAAACCCGUGGAAUUGCGACUGCGAUCUGCAGCGAGUUUUCCGGAAGCUCUGUAACGUCAAACGGCUCUUUCUGGACGAUUACGACAACCUCACCUGCGUCAAUUUGGACGAAAGUCACAGGAACUACACGAUGAAAGAGGAGUUCUGCAUUGCAGAGAUGGUUACUGUCCUGGUCAUCACCAUCACAGUGAUCAUCACUGUUGUAGCUGCCAUCGUCAUGGCGGAGAAGAAACGUAAAAAAAAGAACAAAGAAAAGCACUGGACGGAAGUCGGCGAGGUGUCCUGUGCAUCACAAGCCUGAACCAAUGGCAAUAAUGUAAAAAGGAACAAUAAUCUUGCAUUAUACUUGUAUGACAUUAUGCUUUAGGUUGUCAAAUUCAGGGAUUUUGAAGAUUUUGUGAAGGUAAAUUUAGAACUUUUUAAGACCAAGUAAAGAAAAUGUAAGAAAUAAAUUGAAUGGAACACAAUACGUCAAUAUGGUCUCUAAAUGUAAAUGUCUUGUAUUAGCAACCCUUAAAGUUUGGAAAUACAACUUCCAGCAGAACUCAAUUGCUUUUUAUUUCUAUUCGUUACUUCAGAUUUCAAUAGUUCUGCUCCCAAUUAAUAGAAUCUGGAAAUAACUUUUACUGUACUUUCUGAUCACACUACAAAAACAUUGUUCUUUGUCAAUAAUUUUGUCUUGGGAAAAGAAGGAAAAACAAGUUUCAUCCCAAGUAAGCAAAGGAUGUUUCUAUGCAACAUUGUGCAUGCAACAUUUUAAUGCCAUGACUUUAUGAAUUUAGGCCUUAAUUUGCGAAAGGGCAAGUUAAGACUUAAGAACUGCAUCAUAUUUUUAAACAUUUUUAAAGUAAUUUGAUAAAACCUCAUGGUAGCUGGUUCUUUAUGUGAACCACAUUCAAACCUAAAUGGAUGGUCUAAAAUGUUUAUUCUAAGUAUGACUGAAAUACAGAAGUAAUGACAAAUGUAAUAAAGAAAUGUGUAUAUUUAUUUAUAUAUAAAUCUUGCAUCUUUAUUCAACUGUAUUAUUUAAUCAUAAAAAUGAAUAAAAAUGAAAUCACAUUUAAAUGAAUAAUAAAGUUCUCUGUGUUUACACAAGAUGGCGAUAAAUAGCUAUUUUUGUGUGUUUACAGAAACAGGACAUUGUUAUAAAUCAUGC